GAAGGCUACCCGGUGCUGUAGCUGGAAUCAAGUGCAUGAUCUAUAUAUAUCUAUAGGCAACCUGCUGUAAUUCAGCCAAUAACACAGCGAGUUACAAAUUCGGUAAUAGGACAGAAAACAGCGUCGAGUCGAAUUAUUUUUAAAUACCUUCUCUAACAUGUCGAUUAGCCUCUAUUGCGCCUAAAGGUGUGUGUGUGUGUGUGUGUCAGGCAGUCUCUCUCUCUGUUGCCAAUCACCACUCCUACUUUGUUUCUCUGCAUGGAUGACAGAUAAUCAUCACAGUUCACUAUGAGGAGGAUGGCGAAGGACCUGCAACCAGCCGAGCAACGGUCUGGGUGGAUCUCCAGUUGGCUUCCAUCCUGGUGUCCCACCUCCCUCUCUCAGCUGAAGGACGCAGAAGACAAAAUGCUCAAAUCUGUGAAGACACCAAUCUCCAGACAGCAUGUCCGGAUAUCCAAUGGCAACUAUCUCUGGACCUUAGCCUUCACCUCUCACAUCAAGCCCCAUCCCUCUCUCCCACCCCAGCCUCAGCCCCAGCCACAUAUCUCUCUACCACCCCAUACCCAGCCCCAUCCCUCUUCUCCACAACCCUCUCUCCAGCCCCGUCCUCCUCUGGUGCUGCUCCAUGGGUUUGGGGGUGGUGUGGGUUUGUGGGCCCAGAACCUGGACUCUCUGUGUGGCAGUGGAGCCGUAUAUGCCCUGGAUCUUCUGGGCUUUGGACAGAGCAGCCGGCCCCUGUUCAGCGUGGACCCCCAGGGGGCAGAGGAGCAGUUCCUAGGGGCUCUGGAGGAGUGGAGGGACAGGGUGGGCCUGGAGGAGAUAGUCCUGCUGGGACACAACCUGGGAGGAUACCUGGCUGCUGCUUACACACUUACACACCCACACAGGGUAAAGCACUUGAUCCUGGUGGAGCCCUGGGGGAUCCCGGCCCGUCCAGAGAAUCUAGAUCAGGAGAAGUCUAUCCCAGUGUGGAUCAGAGCCAUGGGGGCUGUCAUGAGUCCCUUCAACCCCCUGGCUGGACUUAGACUGGCCGGACCACUGGGUCCUAUGUUGCUCCAGACCAUCAGGUCUGAUUUUAAACAGAAGUACUCUUCAGUGUUUGAUGACAACACCGUAUCAGACUACAUCUAUCAUCUUAACGCACAGACACCAAGUGGUGAAACAGCGUUUAGGAACAUGACAGUACCAUAUGGUUGGGCCAAGAGACCAAUGUUAGAUCGUAUUGGACAGAUCCAACCAGACAUUCCAAUAUCCAUCAUCUAUGGGUCCCGAUCCAGUAUCGACAGCGACUCGGGAUACACUAUCCAGAAAAUCCGACCAGAUGUGGACAUCAUCGUGAUAAGGGGAGGAGGUCACUAUGUGUUUGCUGACCAGCCAGACGACUUCAAUCAGAACGUUCUUCACAUCCUGGCCAGGAUGGAGGGAGAUAAGGAGAAGAGGAGUGAGGAGUGGUGUGGAUGAGAAGGAAGGGAAAUGAGGUGAGAGGAGAAGAUUGAGGGUUAAAUCAAGAAUGGCAGAUGAGAAGGGGAGAAGAGACAGUAAAGGAGGGGGAGAAGGAGAGAGACAUGGAGGAGUUGUUACAACUUCUUGGCUCUGAGGAGUAAGAGGACGAUUGUUACGUUCAGACUUU